AAAAGAAGCAGAACAUAACCUCUUUUAACAACUUUAUUAUUAUUUUGUAAGUCACUGUCAAUACUGUCAAUAUGACUAAACAAUAAAACAAGAAUACUUAAUUAGAAAUACUAUGUUAUAAAAAAGUGGUAAGUGUAUCAACAUAAAAAUGGUUCUAAACAUAUCAUAUUGCCCCCCGAACAUUUCUAUAUGGGACGUUUGGAUCGAUCAUGGAACAUCCCACUGUUUCAUGAACACCCUCACUUCUUCGAUACUGGCUGCAUACAUACUAAUAGGUGGCACGAUACACUUGUGCAUCUACAGGAAAUACGGAACGGAGGCCUCGCCGAACCACCUAUCCCGAUCGAAGCUCUAUUAUUUACAAGUAUUCGUUACCAUUCUUCUGCCCGUUUUAGAAAUCAUCCGGUUCGUGCUGCAGGCUACAGUCUACGAUGAUAGAACUAUUUACGGGUAUAUGAUCGUUUCGCUAGUGCUAACUUGUUUUGCUUAUCCAUUUUCCCUUUGGAUAAUAAACGUUGAGAGAUGUUAUUUGUUACCCUCAAUACCGACCAGUGGUCAUGGUAUAAUGUUGAUUAUAUUUUGGACUUUGGCCUUAAUAUCCGAGAAUUUGGCGUUUUUGAAUUUGGAACAGAAAAAAUGGUGGUUUAAACUUAAGAAUUUAACGGAUGAGUUGGAAAUGACUUUGUUCGUUCUGAGGUACAUAACGUGCCUUACUAUUUUUAUGCUGGGUCUCAAAGCGCCGGGGAUUAUGUUGAAUAUCGAUUAUUUCCAUUUGAACGAUUCGCAGAGGAAUUUGGGUUCUACACAGGACCGCGAAAACCGAUCGACAUGGAGCAAUUUUUGGAAGAAAGUAAAGGUCCUUUCGCCGUUCUUGUGGCCCAAAAAGGACUUGGCUUUGCAGUUUCGCGUGUUUAUCUGCUUCAUACUCCUGGCAGGAGGAAGGGUUAUCAAUUUGUACGUUCCUAUUUAUCAAAAACUUAUAGUUGACAGUAUGAGCGUCGAAGAAAGCCAAAUGGUCUUCCGCUGGGACUGGGUCCUCAUGUACGUGGGAUUUAAAUUUUUGCAAGGUGGCGGCACCGGCGGGAUGGGUUUAUUGAACAAUUUAAGAUCCUUCUUGUGGAUUAGAAUACAACAGUACACGACUAGGGAAGUCGAGGUGGAAUUGUUCAGGCAUUUGCACAGUUUAUCGUUGCGAUGGCACCUCGGUAGAAAAACCGGCGAAGUCCUCAGAGUGAUGGACAGAGGAACGGAUAGUAUUAACAACCUGCUGAACUACAUUGUAUUCUCAAUUGUACCAACAAUUGUAGAUAUAUUAGUGGCUGUGAUAUUCUUUGUAGCUGCGUUUAACGUUUGGUUCGGAUUGAUCGUGUUCGUUACCAUGAUGUUGUACAUAGUAUUAACCAUCACCAUUACCGAAUGGAGAACCAAGUACCAAAGGCGCAUGAACUUGGCCGAUAACGCUACGCGAGCUCGAAGCGUCGAUUCCCUGCUCAACUUCGAAACGGUGAAGUACUACGGAGCCGAGCAAUACGAAGUGGACGCUUUCAGGGAGGCCGUGCUCAACUACCAGGGCGAAGAAUUCAAAUCGAGCAUCACUUUAAACAUACUGAACACCGUUCAAAACGUGAUAAUCUGCGGCGGUCUGUUGACGGGCAGCUUGCUCUGCGUGUACCUCGUCGUGGAUAAACACACUUUACAAGCCGGCGAUUACGUGUUGUUCGCCACCUACAUCAUCCAAUUGUACGUUCCGUUGAACUGGUUCGGUACUUACUACAGAGCGAUCCAAAAGAACUUCGUCGACAUGGAGAACAUGUUCGAUCUGCUGCGGGAGGAGCAAGAGGUGAUCGACGCGCCCGGGGCCGGCCCCGUCCUCGUCAGAAAGGGCGAAGUCGAAUUCAACAACGUUACGUUCGGGUAUUUGCCGGAGAAAUUGGUGUUGAAAAACGUUACGUUUUCAGUGCCGGCCGGUAAAACCGUCGCUCUAGUGGGGCCUUCGGGAAGCGGCAAAAGUACGGUAAUUAGGCUGUUAUUUAGAUUUUACGACGUCGAGACUGGUUCCAUUGUGAUAGAUGGACAGAACAUUAAGACUGUUACACAGGAAUCUUUGAGAAGAUCUAUAGGCGUGGUACCCCAAGACACCGUUCUCUUCAACAAUAGUAUAAAAUACAACAUCCAGUACGGUCGAUUGACGGCGACCGAUGCGGAUGUGAUAGGCGCCGCCAAAGGCGCCGACAUCCACGAGAAAAUCCUCACGUUCCCCGACGCCUACGAGACGCAGGUGGGCGAAAGGGGGCUGAGGCUCAGCGGCGGCGAAAAACAGCGGGUCGCGAUAGCUAGAACGUUGCUGAAAGCGCCCAACAUCAUUCUCCUCGACGAAGCCACCAGCGCUUUGGACACCAACACCGAAAGGAACAUACAGGAGUCGCUGGAUCGAAUGUGCGCCAACAGAACGACGAUAAUCGUGGCGCAUCGAUUGUCUACGAUCAUUCACGCCGACGAGAUUCUCGUUCUGCAAGACGGGGAGAUCGUCGAGCGCGGCAAGCACGAGCAUCUCAUCGGACAGGAGGGCGUUUACGCCAACAUGUGGAGGCAACAGUUGAAGAGCAAAGACAAGGAUUCGUCGAUCGAAAGCAGCAUAGAGAAGAGUAAUAAGUAGUAAUGUCGAUUUUUUUUUAUUUACGUAAAUAGAAAAUAGGCGAAGCAGAAUUGUAAACGCUGGUAUUUGUUAAUCGGGCUAGUUGCUGAACACGUUGCGUUAUAAUUGGCUGGGUAGAGAUAGUUUAUUUUUCUACACACUGUAUGUUUUAAGUAUUGUUGAUCUGAUAUUAAUGAUUUUUGAAAUCUACUUAUAAUAACGAAUGCGAGUAUUAUACUCUACUUACCAUUGUGCAUAGGAUAACAAUCGUUCGUGGCGUUAAUGUAGAAAUGAAAUUUUUAAAUUAUGUAUCAAUUUGUGAAACAUUGUAUUCUAUAAUGAACAAAUUUUAAAUAACUAUCAAAUUUGCACACAUCAAUUUUUCUUUAUAAAAGUUUACAAAUCUGCGGGAAAUAUUUUCUAGUAUUUCUGUGAACUUGUUUUAUGAUUUUUUUUUGACUAAAGUCCUCUGUGAAGUUAUUUUUUUAAGUUUAAAAUGAGUUUUACAGUAAGUUGUUCUAUUUCAACAAAAAAACGCUUGUUAGACAAUUUGACUUUUUGAGGGUACUAUUGUAUUAUGUAAAUUAUUUAUAUACAAUAAACAUUAAAGUAUUUU